AUGCGGCCACACUUCACUCCUUUCACGAGCACUUGCUCCCGCACGCCACUUCCUUUCGCGGCUCGCUCAGUCAAGGACCGGUGCCGGUAGUCCGCCGCUUUUCAGUUAUGCUUCUGAGUUCCUUUUUUAUCAGAGAGUAAACUUUGAAAUCUUCUUUCGGCUUCGAUUAUUUUAGAAACUCGCUUCGAAACUUUUGUGCCAUAUCAUUCUUGAUUUUCGUACUAAUCUUUUCCACCUUUUUUUUAACGUUUUGGCAGAAAGGAGCUAUUCAAAAUGAGAAAAAAAAUUAUAAGAUGAAUUUAUUUGGAUUCCUUCGACUGUUAUUAAAUAGGAAGUUUUUUCAACUAAUUAGGGUUGGAAAAAAAUGUUUUUUUGCGCAUAAAGUAUUAAGUUUUCUGCAAUUUUUUUCGAGCAAUAAAGUGUACACUACUAGAAAGUUUCCCAAGAUAAGAUUUUUUUCUUUAGAUCUGAGAACUUUUUUUUUUUAAAGUUUCAUUCAAUUUUAAAAGAUGUUCAGCUUCCUCAACUUUUUUACUUAAAUUUCUGUUUUCUUUUUUUCGUUUCUAUUUUUUGUACUUUCGCUCUCUGAGAAAAUGAUAAUACUUCCCUCAAACACUAAUAAAAGGCUACUGAACAAAAACUUGACUGAGCGAAUAUUUCCGAGUGUUGUUUGCCAGCCAAAUUAAGCGCGAAGAUUGCCGGUCAAACCUCUGUAUUCCUAACGCUUCCCUAUUUGCAUACUUUCCAAACUGGAACUCACAAAAUUACAGAGAUUUUGCAUAUCUCGAGCGUUUCCCAAGGCUCUAUGGAAUGGAGCGGACAACGGUCCAACACACUCCAAACAACCUCGUCAGCCGGAUACUACAGGUAAAACGAUACAAUGUUUGCGAAAAUUAACAACCGAUUUGUGUUUUCCAAGCAUGAGUCCAAAGAAUUUCGCCAACAUAAGUUGAAAAAAAUGAUCAAAGUUUUAGAACCGAGAUUUAAAAAAAUGCUUCGUUUUACCAAUUUACUGUCUUAUCAUAAGUAUGAAAUUGAAAAAUUUUUUUUAAAUAUCAAUUUUCCAUGGUAAAAAGUUAUUUCUUUAGGUUGCCCUCGGAUUGUUUGUGACGACUUCCGAUCUUCCUCCACUUCCAAUAAAUCAUGAGCUAUUGUCGUAUGAUUGUUCAUUUGACACGGACUGCAGGUUUAACCCGUUCCUUGAUUAUGUGCACAAAUAAUUUUCAGAUGGUCCUCUGUAGGCGACACGAUGGACCGAUGGAGGAUAGCCAGGGGAGAACCUGAUAGUUUGUUAUGGCUAGCAGCCACCGGAACCAUGCAACUACCUCGUAGGCUGAACUACAAGCUUCAGUUUGAUUCAUCCGACUUCAGGCGAACCGUUUGUUCUGAUAGAACAAAGGGGAAAUCCAGUCGACUCUCUCAUGACUGAUGCUAUUCGUUGUCAGAAAGGCUAUGCCGAUUUAUCUUUCAAUUAUUGGGCUAUAGGUAAUGUUUAUCAAACUUUGAUGUUCAUUCUGAACGAACAAAACAUUUUUUCAGGCAACGCUGACCUAGAAAUUUGCCUGACUGACUUGGACGGUCACAAAUUUAAUUGUACUGGAAUGUUGAAUUCGAAUGUUAUGCCAGGAAAAGUUUCACUAAAAAUCCCCGAGCUUCAGAGGCCUUUCAGAGUGAGUUACCGUAGUGGUUCUCAAGUAAGCGCAAUAAUUUAGAUAAUGAUAUCACCGAAUGUUGACACGGGUGUUUUGGUACUAGACGACAUUCGCUAUGACGCAUCCAUAUGCCAAACCGAGCCUCAUGGUCUAGGCAUUCGUGGACGACCUGAUUUUUUGGUAUUCCUCGAAAAAACCUUGAUUCUCAAUUUCUUUUCAGUCGACCGCUCCUCCACGCAAAAUUUCGCCUUGGACAAUCAAGAAAACGAGCGUGGAAACCACGGAGUCUCCUAUCCGAAGAAGUCCUGAUUUAUACCUUUGCUGAAGUACUCUACUUUUUCAGCUAGUACUGAAAGUCCGACAACAACGACACAAUCAACCACAACAACGACAAUCACCACCACGACAAGCACCACUACGCCAGUUCCAACGACUACAACUGAGCGAGAAAUGUUGGAAUUCGUUCAUAAAACAAACUACUAUUGUUUUCAGCCAAACCUCGACAGACUCCCCAACUGAAGUUCCAUUUGAUCUUCUGAUUCACGGGAACAGGACGAAGCCGCUUUUUGACAGAAGAAAUGGUAUAAACUGACCUCAAUCUAUGGAACUUUUUUUUUUCAGGAAAAAUGAUCGGCGAAGCUACCAGAUUGCUUUGUGAUUUUAAUAACGAGUUCGCCUGCCAAUGGGGCGUUGAAGCAGGAAGAUGGGCUGUUAUCGAAAAAGGUGGGCUAUUAUAAUAUUUGCACGAUGUUAAAAUAUUUGAAGGCGCCAUUCCUUCGUUGGAAGACUCAAUUGCUGACCCCAGUCUCUUACCAACAUAUCCAGCAGCUCUUGUCUUACAAGGAACCGCUAUGCUGACAAGUGAUCCUAUUCCAUGUCAGAGUGGUCCUGGAAAAGUUUGUUGUUUGUUAUUUAACGACUUUGACAUUACUUUUUCAGCUUCUUUUCCGAUAUUGGUCAAAUGGAGAUAUUCUGCUGCAAGUUUGUGCUUUAGGACACGGUUUGGCUACAAUUUUGGAUUUUGAAAUUCUGUUUUUCAGGCAACAACAGCGACGUUAUUCACUGCGUUGAUCAGAGCAGAGCAAUGCGCCAUGAAAGAAAUACUCUUGCCGUUUUCGAGCUGUCACGGAGCAUCACUGAACCUUUUACGGUAUAUUCAAAAGAAAAUAGAUUUAUUUAGCCUUCGGAAUGUUGUCUUUACACGCUAAUAGGGACCGUAAAGAUCUGAAAUAUUUCAGCUAAACAUUGUACCGCAGUGGGAGCUCGGACUCAAAAACCGCUUUUUGGUACUUGAUGAAAUUGCUUACAUUGGAGAGUGUAAAGGGCAGCCAAAAGAAAGACCACAGCCGACGACGACAACGACUCAAGAGCCAUUGGUCUUGGGUGUCCAAACUACAACCCGCAGAAUUCCGACAACAACAAGUUUUAACUUUAAAAAAGUUUCCAUAUAUCAAAUCUGUUAACAGCUGUCAUAGAAGAAACAACAGAGGCUACAACUUUGGAUCCCACAGAAGAAACAACUGACGAUGCAUCAGAAGAAGAAGACUACGAAACUUCGACGACGGAAGUUUCCACUACAACUUUGGCUCCACGGAACAAACCUGAAGUCAAGCAGCCAUUUACUAAGAAAAGACCAAUAACGUGAGUGACUAACAUUCCCUUUCUUUGAAAUUUUUUCUGAGCUAAAAACUUUUCAGCUGUCUUUCUAAAAGGUUUCAAGACUUGAUAGUUGUUUAGGCGGAUCAUUCCAACAACUUUUAGCCCUGUCUUCCCAGAAGUUUACACCAACAAACCUCCGACCAGAGGGUACUCCUUCAUAAUCUAGAGCUUUAUCAUAUUUCGUACUCUCAGAAGACCGGCAAUCGUUAAAUGGAAUUUGCUUACCACUACUCCAGAUCCAAGAAACGAAGACUAUUGCGAGCUUCUCAACUGUAACUUCGACGGUUAGUUUUACUCGCAGUAUCUGGAAUGCACAUUACUUUUAGACACUGCUUGUAACUAUUUGAACCACGGGUUGACCAAAAAGCCCUGGACGCUGAGAAAUCGAGGAUAUGGUUAUCCACUGACUGGAGCUACCGAUAUCAGAGCCAGUAAGAAUAAAACGAAGUGUGAAGUCAUAUGAUUGAACUACAGCAAACACUAACGGGCAGUUUGUCUCUUCAAUUUUGGAUCCAGGAGAUAUUGCAAUUUUGGAGUCUCCGAAAUUCAAUGCAACGAGAUCAUUGAACGUUUUGCUUUUCCAGUAUUUCAGACCGUCCCAAAUGACGACUAUACGGCUUUGUCUUGGUAAAUUUCACAGUUAUACAAAGCUAACGGAGUCUUUUCAGGAUCGCGAUACACAAAUCCAAUGAGAACAGUGAAUUCUUUCACCCAAUGUCCCUCGAUUCUGCGAUCUGUGACGUCCAAAAACGCUUUCCGGUGGAAUACAGUACACGUCCAACUGCCGCCCGGAACUACUCAUGUAAAAACUGGUCUAGGAAUAUUAUGAUUAACUGUCUGUUGCAGUUCUAUUUGGUGGCCCACAACAGCGAGAGAGCGGAAACUCGCGCCGCCAUGGCCAUCGACAACAUGCGCGUCGCGAUUUGCGACACCCGCGGAUUUGCACCUGAUUACAUGGACGAAAACAACCACGACUUCGAAGAAUUUGUCAAAAUGAACUAA